AUGCUCAAUGCGGGCAAGGUCAUGCCGUUCCUGCUGUCCGACAUCGGCGAGGGCAUCGUGGAGGUGGUGGUCAAGGAGUGGUACGUGAAGGAGGGCGACACGGUCAGCCAGUUCGACAGCUUGUGCGAGGUGCAGAGCGACAAGGCGUCCGUCACCAUCACCAGCCGCUACGACGGUGUCAUCCGCAAGCUGCACUACAGUGUCGACGACAUGGCGGCCGUUGGCCGGCCGCUGGUCGACAUCGAGACGGAGCCGGGCUCUUCUGACUCGGAGGACGAGGUGCAGGAGCGCGAUGCCAUCGAGGUGGUGGGCGGCGAGCACUACACGCUGCCCAUUCCGGCUAAGGUGCUCACGACGCCCGCCGUGCGCCGCAUGGCCAUGGAGAACAGCGUCACGCUCAGUGAGGUGAAGGGCACUGGCAAGGACGGCCGCGUUCUGAAGGAGGACCUCAUCCGGUUCGUGGGGGAGCGCGGCAUGGGCAAGCCGCCGAAGGUGCAGGACUCGGGGGAGGCGAAGCCGCCGCAGCCGGCGGCGGUGAGGCGGGCUCCAGCCGACUCGGCGGUUCCGGCCGAUUCGGUGGCUCCGCUGUCCCUGCCAAAGACCGCUAACGUCAUGCUGGCCGAAGACAAGACGACUCCUGUGUCGGGCUUCACCAAGGCGAUGGUCAAAGCCAUGAAGCUGUCGAUGACCGUGCCGCACUUCGGCUACUGCGAUGAAAUAGAAAUGACGGCACUGGUGAAUCUGCGUCCGACGCUAAAGAAAAGCGCCGAAGCGUUCGGCAUCAAGUUCUCCUACAUGCCGUUCAAUAAGGCAUGCUCGAUGGCGCUGCUGCAUUUCCCCGUGCUCAACGGUCAUGGAUCCGCCGCGGAGAAGAUCACCUACAAGGCCAGCCACAACAUCGGCAUCGCUAUGGACACGCCGAACGGCCUAGUGGUGCCAAAUGUGAAGCAGGUGCAGCGGCUGACGCUGCUGGAAGUGGCGCAGGAGCUGAACCGGCUGCAGGCGCUAGGCGCACGCGGCCAGCUAAGCGCCGGCGACCUCGCCGGCGGCACGUUCUCCCUCUCCAACAUCGGCGCCAUCGGCGGCACCUACGCCAAGCCGGUGAUCGUGCCGCCCGAGGUGGCGAUCGGCGCGCUGGGUCGCAUCCAGAAGCUGCCGCGCUUCGCUGCGGACGGCUCCGUGGUGGCAGCGCACGUCAUGCAGGCCUCCUGGUCGGCCGACCACCGCGUUAUCGACGGCGCCACCAUGGCGCGCUUCUCCAACAUGAUGAAGGCCUUCCUGGAGCAGCCCACCACCAUGCUGAUGCAGAUGAAGUAGGCGCGAGGAGCCGGAUCGCGCCGGCGGCAAGGAGUGCUCAGUGACAAUGUCUUGACACUGUCCACUUGUCCGGGCGCCGUUCGCCGUAAACGGCCGGGACGGGGUUCUCGGGUUUCAUGAAAGCAGCCUGUGCGCGUGCCGAGUCGGCGGCGGGCCUGUGAAGCGGCGCCAGUGCUGGGAAUGACGGGUAUGGGACCUUUGCUCUGUUUACACUCAAGUACGCCACGCGAGACCCAGCGGUCGCGGGUCCGGGCUGGAGGUGCUCCAGACGUCGGACGGCUUCCAUCUGAAUUUA